AUGGACAAGUUUGCUAACAUAAUUGAUCCCGAUGCUACAUUGAGUGGAAGCAAGAAUACAAGACAACAAAAUAUCCAUGACACACUUUUCAAGGAACGAACACAUAGUGUGCAUCAAUUUUUGGCAAGAUGGGUGUAUGAAGUUGGAAUUCCUUUUCAUGCUAUUGAUAAUGAUAGCUUCAAGAGGUUUGUAGAAGCGGUUGGUCAAUUUGGUCCGGGUUACCGACCUCCAAGCCAAUAUUUAUUAAGGGAGCCGUUAUUGAAGGAAGAGGUAGAUAGAACUAAAAGUUUGUUGAAGACCCAAGAACAAGAGUGGGCUUCAAAUGGUUGCUCUAUUAUGACCGAUGCUUGGAGUGACCGGAAAAGAAGAAGUAUUAUGAAUUUGUGUGUCAAUUGCAAGGAAGGCACAACUUUUCUCUCUUCUAAGGAGGCAUCAAAUGAGUCACACACCGGGGCGUACAUUUUUGAAUACGUGGACAAGUGCAUUGAAGUAGUUGGGCCACAAAAUGUGGUUCAAGUGGUGACGGACAAUGCUUCAAAUAAUAUGGCGGCGGGAGAGUUGAUGAAGGUGAAGAGGCCAAGCAUAUUUUGGACCUCAUGUGCAACUCAUACAUUGAAUCUUAUGCUUCAAGGAAUUGGCAACCUUCCUAGAUUCAAAGGAGUCAUUGAGAAGGCAAAGAGCUUCACCAUCUACAUUUAUGCACAUCACAAGACUUUGGCAUUGAUGAGAAAGUAUACGAAGAAAAGAGACAUAGUGAGGCCGGGAGUUACAAGAUUUGCAACCGCUUUCCUCACUUUACAAAGCUUGAUGGAGAAGAAGAAUGAGUUGAGAGCUAUGAUUACUAGUAGUGAAUGGAGUGAAACCAAGCAUGCAAAGAGUGUAAAGGGGAAGGCGGCCAUGAAUAUUGCUUUGAGUGCUUCUUUUUGGAAUGGGGUAAAUCUUUCUUUAAAAGUUUUUGCUCCUUUAGUCAAGGUGUUGCGUAUUGUUGAUGGGGAUAGAAAGCCAUCAAUGGGCUUUGUGUAUGGAGAGCAAUUAGAGCUAAACGAGGAGAUUAAAAAGGUAUUCAAAGAUCAAGAAGCUCAUUAUCGGCCAAUUCUUGACAUUGUUGAUGCGAAAGCCCGUGAUCGACUUGAUAGUCCAUUGCAUGUAGCGGCCUACCUCUUAAAUCCUUACUACACAUUUGCCGAUCCAAGCCUUGAAAAUGAUGAGGUGGUCAUGGAUGGAUUUUUUACUUGUGUUGAGAAAUUAUUUCCCGACAUCCAAACUCAAAAUUUGGUGAUAAAUAUAGAGUUGCAUAAGUAUUUGAAGAAAGAGGGUCUAUUUGGAAGGAAUGUAGCCAAGGAGGGAUGCAAGCAAAAUGAUGACGCAUACGAUCCGG